AUGGUUCGCAACUUUUUCAUUGGUGGUAACUGGAAGAUGAACGGCUCCGUUAAGCAAGCCAAGGAGCUCGUCGAGAUGCUCAAUGGUUUCGAGGUUCCUGCCAACACUGAGGUUGUUGUUGCUCCUCCUGCCCUUUACGUUGACCGUGUCAACCAAGGUUUGAAGAAGGAAAUCAAGGUUGCUGCUCAAAACACCUACAUCAAGGCCUCUGGUGCUUACACUGGUGAGAUUUCUCCUCAAAUGCUCAAGGAUAUGGGUGUUGAUUGGGUUGUUCUCGGUCACUCUGAGCGUCGUGAGUACUUCCACGAGUCUGAUGAGCUCGUUGGUGAGAAGACCGCUUUCGCUCUCGAUGCUGGUGUCUCUGUCAUUGCCUGUAUUGGUGAGAAGCUCGAGGAACGUGAGGCCAACAUCACCAACGAUGUUGUCGCUCGUCAAAUGAAGGCUAUUGCUGCCUCUGUCAAGGACUGGACCAAUGUUGUCGUUGCCUAUGAACCCGUUUGGGCUAUUGGUACCGGUAAGGUUGCUACUCCCGAGCAAGCUCAAGAUGUCCACGCUUUCCUCCGUCAAUGGUUGGCUGAGAACGUUUCUCAAAAGGCUGCUGAUGAGACCCGUAUCCUUUAUGGUGGUUCCGUCAACGGUGGUAACUGUAAGACUCUUGCUGGUAAGCCCGAUAUUGAUGGUUUCUUGGUUGGUGGUGCUUCUCUUAAGCCCGAAUUCGGUGAAAUCAUCCUCUCUCGUCAAUAA